CUUGUUGGAGGGAGGCAGCAGAGCCCGCCCCAUGAGGAGGGACUAAGCAUUUAAUACGGCUGAGACCUCUAAACGGGCUCAAAGAGAGACCACCUGUGUUAGACACGGACAAACGAAGGGAGUUAGUUAUUGCGUCUCCAGUAGGACCGUUACUUCACCGCUGUUCUUGUUGCUCUUGAUUAUCUGAACUCGGACGAAACGUUACACAGACUGAACAUGAUAUUAUUUUCUCAUCAGCUUUUCAUCCUCCUAUGGAUUGUUGUCACAGUGUUAUCUUUUUCUUUAGGGGCAGAGUCCAACAUCCCGGCUCCUGACACACAUGGCAGUCCUGGGCCCACAGAUACAUCCAUGACCCCAGUCUCCACUGAACCCAGCUCCACAACCACAGACAGAGCCACCAUCACCACCCAGGACCCUUCAACUGUCCUCCCUAGCACUGAUGGCACCUCACCCACAACAGCAGCCAUCUCUAAAACUGAAGAGGUCUCUACUACAACAGACCUGACCUCAACUUCUGAUACGACAGAGUCUACGAGAACAGUCGGCACCACUGCGACAGAAACAAGAACUAUCUCGUCGAUCAGCACAACAGAGAUUACUUCCUCCCACAAGACCACAGCGUACACUGUCACUUCCCCUGAGUCGACGGAAAAAGACAGUCCGUCUACAGACAGUGGCAUGACAACACCCACCACCACACCUGCCCUUAGCAGAGGUGUCUCUCCGUCUACCACGGAACAUACCGAAACCUCCUCUGUCACCACUGAGACAGGCCGUACCUCAACUGAUGUCCCCACAGAGUCAAACACAACUCCAGACGUUACCCCAACCAGCAGUACCAAAGAGGCAGGCACACAUGAAACAACAGCCAUCAAUACAGAUACCACAGAUACAGGUACCAAAGAGGCAGGCACACAUGAAACAACAGCCAUCAAUACAGAUACCACAGAUACAGGUACCAAAGAGGCAGGCACACAUGAAACAACAGCCAUCAAUACAGAUACCACAGAUACAGGUACCAAAGAGGCAAGCACACAUGAAACAACAGCCAUCACUACAGAUACCACAGAUACAGGUACCAAAGAGGCAGGCACACAUGAAACAACAGCCAUCAAUACAGAUACCACAGAUACAGGUACCAAAGAGGCAGGCACACAUGAAACAACAGCCAUCAAUACAGAUACCACAGAUACAGGUACCAAAGAGGCAGGUACACAUGAAACAACAGCCAUCAAUACAGAUACCACAGAUACAGGUACCAAAGAGCCAGGCACACAUGAAACAACAGCUAUCAAUACAGCUACCACAGAUACAGGUACCAAAGAGGCAGGCACACAUGAAACAACAGCUAUCAAUACAGCUACCACAGAUACAGGUACCAAAGAGCCAGGCACACAUGAAACAACAGCUAUGAAUACAGAUACCACAGAUACAGGUACCAAAGAGGCAGGCACACAUGAAACAACAGCUAUCAAUACAGCUACCACAGAUACAGGUACCAAAGAGGCAGGCACACAUGAAACAACAGCUAUCAAUACAGAUACCACAGAUACAGGUACCAAAGAGGCAGGUACACAUGAAACAACAGCCAUCAAUACAGAUACCACAGAUACAGGUACCAAAGAGCCAGGCACACAUGAAACAACAGCUAUCAAUACAGCUACCACAGAUACAGGUACCAAAGAGCCAGGCACACAUGAAACAACAGCUAUCAAUACAGCUACCACAGAUACAGGUACCAAAGAGACAGCUACACAUGAAACAACAGCUAUCAAUACAGCUACCACAGAUACAGGUACCAAAGAGGCAGGCACACAUGAAACAACAGCUAUCAAUACAGAUACCACAGAUACAGGUACCAAAGAGGCAGGCACACAUGAAACAACAGCUAUCAAUACAGCUACCACAGAUACAGGUACCAAAGAGGCAGGCACACAUGAAACAACAGCUAUCAAUACAGCUACCACAGAUACAGGUACCAAAGAGCCAGGCACACAUGAAACAACAGCUAUCAAUACAGCUACCACAGAUACAGGUACCAAAGAGCCAGGCACACAUGAAACAACAGCUAUCAAUACAGCUACCACAGAUACAGGUACCAAAGAGGCAGGCACACAUGAAACAACAGCUAUCAAUACAGCUACCACAGAUAGAGGUACCAAAGAGCCAGGCACACAUGAAACAACAGUUAUCAAUACAGAUACCACAGAUACAGGUACCAAAGAGCCAGGCACACAUGAAACAACAGCUAUCAAUACAGCUACCACAGAUACAGGUACCAAAGAGGCAGGCACACAUGAAACAACAGCUGUCAAUACAGCUACCACAGAUACAGGUACCAAAGAACCAGGCACACAUGAAACAACAGCCAUCAAUACAGAUACCACACAUACAGGUACCAAAGAGCCAGGCACACAUGAAACAACAGCUAUCAAUACAGCUACCACAGAUACAGGUACCCAAGAGGCAGGUACACAUGAAACAACAGCUAUCAAUACAGAUACCACAGAUACAGGUACCAAAGAGGCAGGCACACAUGAAACAACAGCUAUCAAUACAGCUACCACAGAUACAGGUACCAAAGAGGCAGGCACACAUGAAACAACAGCUAUCAAUACAGCUACCACAGAUACAGGUACCAAAGAGCCAGGCACACAUGAAACAACAGCUAUCAAUACAGCUACCACAGAUACAGGUACCAAAGAGCCAGGCACACAUGACACAACAGCUAUCAAUACAGAUACCACAGAUACAGGUACCAAAGAGGCAGGCACACAUGAAACAACAGCUAUCAAUACAGCUACCACAGAUACAGGUACCAAAGAGCCAGGCACACAUGAAACAACAGCUAUCAAUACAGCUACCACAGAUACAGGUACCAAAGAGCCAGGCACACAUGAAACAACAGCUAUCAAUACAGCUACCACAGAUACAGGUACCAAAGAGGCAGGCACACAUGAAACAACAGCUAUCAAUACAGCUACCACAGAUACAGGUACCAAAGAGCCAGGCACACAUGAAACAACAGUUAUCAAUACAGAUACCACAGAUACAGGUACCAAAGAGCCAGGCACACAUGAAACAACAGCUAUCAAUACAGCUACCACAGAUACAGGUACCAAAGAGGCAGGCACACAUGAAACAACAGCUAUCAAUACAGCUACCACAGAUACAGGUACCAAAGAACCAGGCACACAUGAAACAACAGCCAUCAAUACAGAUACCACACAUACAGGUACCAAAGAGCCAGGCACACAUGAAACAACAGCUAUCAAUACAGCUACCACAGAUACAGGUACCCAAGAGGCAGGUACACAUGAAACAACAGCUAUCAAUACAGAUACCACAGAUACAGGUACCAAAGAGGCAGGCACACAUGAAACAACAGCUAUCAAUACAGCUACCACAGAUACAGGUACCAAAGAGGCAGGCACACAUGAAACAACAGCUAUCAAUACAGCUACCACAGAUACAGGUACCAAAGAGGCAGGCACACAUGAAACAACAGCUGUCAAUACAGCUACCACAGAUACAGGUACCAAAGAACCAGGCACACAUGAAACAACAGCCAUCAAUACAGAUACCACACAUACAGGUACCAAAGAGCCAGGCACACAUGAAACAACAGCUAUCAAUACAGCUACCACAGAUACAGGUACCCAAGAGGCAGGUACACAUGAAACAACAGCUAUCAAUACAGAUACCACAGAUACAGGUACCAAAGAGGCAGGCACACAUGAAACAACAGCUAUCAAUACAGCUACCACAGAUACAGGUACCAAAGAGGCAGGCACACAUGAAACAACAGCUAUCAAUACAGCUACCACAGAUACAGGUACCAAAGAGCCAGGCACACAUGAAACAACAGCUAUCAAUACAGCUACCACAGAUACAGGUACCAAAGAGCCAGGCACACAUGACACAACAGCUAUCAAUACAGCUACCACAGAUACAGGUACCAAAGAGGCAGGCACACAUGAAACAACAGCUAUCAAUACAUCUACCACAGAUACAGGUACCAAAGAGCCAGGCACACAUGAAACAACAGCUAUCAAUACAGCUACCACAGAUACAGGUACCAAAGAGCCAGGCACACAUGAAACAACAGCUAUCAAUACAGCUACCACAGAUACAGGUACCAAAGAGGCAGGCACACAUGAAACAACAGCUAUCAAUACAGCUACCACAGAUACAGGUACCAAAGAGCCAGGCACACAUGAAACAACAGUUAUCAAUACAGAUACCACAGAUACAGGUACCAAAGAGCCAGGCACACAUGAAACAACAGCUAUCAAUACAGCUACCACAGAUACAGGUACCAAAGAGGCAGGCACACAUGAAACAACAGCUGUCAAUACAGCUACCACAGAUACAGGUACCAAAGAACCAGGCACACAUGAAACAACAGCCAUCAAUACAGAUACCACACAUACAGGUACCAAAGAGCCAGGCACACAUGAAACAACAGCUAUCAAUACAGCUACCACAGAUACAGGUACCCAAGAGGCAGGUACACAUGAAACAACAGCUAUCAAUACAGAUACCACAGAUACAGGUACCAAAGAGGCAGGCACACAUGAAACAACAGCUAUCAAUACAGCUACCACAGAUACAGGUACCAAAGAGGCAGGCACACAUGAAACAACAGCUAUCAAUACAGCUACCACAGAUACAGGUACCAAAGAGCCAGGCACACAUGAAACAACAGCUAUCAAUACAGCUACCACAGAUACAGGUACCAAAGAGCCAGGCACACAUGACACAACAGCUAUCAAUACAGAUACCACAGAUACAGGUACCGAAGAGCCAGGCACACAUGAAACAACAGCUAUCAAUACAGCUACCACAGAUACAGGUACCAAAGAGGCAGGCACACAUGAAACAACAGCUGUCAAUACAGCUACCACAGAUACAGGUACCAAAGAACCAGGCACACGUGAAACAAUAGCUAUCAAUACAGCUACCACAGAUACAGGUACCAAAGACAGUGAGACCACAGGUACAGGGAUCACAAAGUCCAACAUCCCACCAAUGGGUCAGACCACUCUCCCAGUAACUGAGGCUAGUACCCUGUCUUCAACACCCCUCGCCGCCACUACAAGGGGCCCUGAGUCCUCUCUCCCAGUGACCGAUGGCUCCACGUCCUCAUCCCCCACCGCUACCAUUACAGGGAGCCCUCAUACAGACAAAACCACUGGAACAGAGGGGACUACCAAUUCUACAAGCACAGCUGGCACUGCAGCUUCGCCUCCCACCUCCAGCUCUUCCUCCAGUCCACCCUCUCCAGGCUCAACCCAAACCCCAGGCAGCAGCACUGCUGCCCCCGUAGACACCUCCACCACCACCCCUACCCCCUCACCCACCAUCACACCUACAGGAGAAACCCCUGGGCAACCAACUAGCAAAACUAGUGAGAGCCCACUUCCUCCUUUCCACACCUCGACCUUCCCUACCGGUGGAAGCACCACCCGGCCAGAAUCAGCCAUCACUGCUGCCACCUCCCUGCCUCCACCCAUCUCCAUAGUGUGUCCCUCCACUCCCUGUCCGUAUGAUAGCAUCUGUCUCAAUGGCACCUGCCAGUGUAUGUCUGGGACCUUCCUCUUAGAGGGCCAGUGUGUACAAGCCCAAGUGUUCUCUGGAGACCUGCAUCUCAACCAGACGUUUCAGGCUGAAAUGAGCAACCGGUCAUCAGUGAUAUUUCAGCAAACAGCAGCCAGGAUCUCAGAGGCACUGAGAAGAGCCUUGGAAAACGAGUCUGGAUACAGCCAAACUGAUGUUGUGCUGCUUAGGCAAGGCAGUGUGAUAGCGACCGUGAACAACGUGUUUAAACUAGGUUCCAGUGCCACCCAGACUUCGACCAAUGCCGCUAUAUAUAAAGCCAUACAAGACUGUAAUAUGACCUGUGGGACUAUACUGGAAAGAGCUGCAUUUACCGCCACUGACCUAUGUGAUCAGACCCCCCAACCAUGUGAUGUCCACUCUACUACGUGCGAGUACAAAGAAGAUGGAGUGACCAGAUGCUCCUGUAAGGCUGGCUAUAUCAACAGCUUCUACUCAAACCAAAGCUGCACAGCCUGUCCCAGUGGUCAAAGGGCAGAGGGAGACACAUGUGUGCCAUGCACGUUUGGCUACGCUGGAUUCAACUGCGCUGACUCGGCUCUGUUGGCAGUGGUAGUCAUCGCCUGUGUACUGGGGGGAGUCCUCCUCAUCAUGCUGCUGGCCCUGCUUGCAUACUUCUGCUGGUACCGGUCGCAGUCGGUGAAGAAAUCUUCAGCAGAGUUCAGCAGCCCGUACCCUGUGGAGGACUUCCGGGGCCCCUGGUCCACCACCCAGGGCAUCACCCCGAUCCCCCGGGCCAGCACCAACUGGGACUCAACCCCCAUGGAGAUGACCGAGGGGGGCAGCACACACACCCUGGUUGACAUGAAGCCCCACACCAACGGAGCGGGAUUCCACAUCCUGCCUAAACGGGGGAAGAAGACCGGGUCGUAUGACCUGACCUCAGACAGCAUGAACACGUUCAAGGGGAAGAACCAGUCUCGCUACUCCUACCUGGUGCAGGGCCACGAGAACCCUUACUUCAAACCUGCAGAUGAGAGGAGACCCGUAUGAGAACCUCAGUGACGUCUGGAGACAUUGGCCCGUACUCACAAAGUGUCUCUGAGCAGAAAUGCUGAUCUAGGAUCAUUUUUGCCUUCUUUGGUUCACUAUAAAUUCCUGGUUUACUUUUGAAACGUUCCGUUCAUCUGAUCAUAGUCUUUAUCCUGUUCUGCAAUACAAAGAGAGGAUUCUGAACAAGAUUUGUAAAAAAAUAUAUAUAAAAUGAAGUUUUAUUUGUGUCCAUUAGGCUGCGUUAAGACUGGCAGCCCAAAUCAUAUAUUUUUUCUCUUUUGAAAACUAUCUGGUGUGAAAAGAUUUGAUGUGGUUGGUCAAAAGACCAACAAGUUGGGGGAAAAAAAGGUCAGAAUUGGACUACCUUAAACGCAGCCUUAUUGAAUGAAGAGUUAGCUGAAUAUAGCUUGUCAUAGCCAGUAGUUGUCUCCAUUGUUCAGGGUCAAGCUUUUCAUGCUCUUUUUUUCUACAGUAUCCUGGUACAUUUAGUUACCUGGAUGUCAAUGUCUUAUUGAAGAGAUUACUGAUCUAUUUUAUUGAAGAUUGGUCAUUCUGCAUUGUAGUGUCUACGCUCUCACAAUCAACAUAGUAUUUCAAAGUGAUUCAUCUAUUGCCAAUUGCACUAAAUUAUGUAUUUGCGUUUCACUACAUGUGAUUUGUUUGGGUGGGGGGGGGGGGGGGAAUCAUAGACACAUUCUCAGUGAGAGCAAAUGUAUUUUUGUAUUUUUACUUUAGGAUUGAUUGUGUUUUCAUGAGGAGAGCUGUGUGUGUGAAUGGCUGAAGGAGCUGGAUCCCUAGUUCAGGGGUUUAUACAGUAAAGGGAGAUUUUGUAUUAGUCUGGCCUAGAGCUGAUAGACCUACUCUACAGUCUAUUAGUCUGGCCUGGAGCUGAGUAGACCUACUCUACAGUCUAUUAGUCUGGCCUGGAGUUGAGUAGGCCUACUCUACAGUCUAUUAGUCUGGCCUGGAGCUGAGUAGACCUACUCUACAGUCUAUUAGUCUGGCCUGGAGCUGAGUAGACCUAUUCUACAGUCUAUUAGUCUGGCCUGGAGCUGAGUAGGCCUACUCUACAGUCUAUUAGUCUGGCCUGGAGCUGAGUAGGCCUACAUCCUCUGUUAUUGGUACGUUCCCUGCUGAAGCUGCCUGCAUCUGCAAACGUGCCUGUUUUGAUUGGUCUUUUUGAAGAAUAGGGAAAUUAUGCAAAACAAACUCUCGACAAAGCUUGUUCUCAGAUGUGCCAAUUACCAUGUCUACACACUUCCGCAAAAAAUAUGAUGUUUAUGGAAGUCUCAUAUGUAUCUGUGUGUAUUUGUGAGUAUGUGUGUCUUGUGCACAAUUUUCUAAAUGUAUAUACAACUUUUGUAAAUGUAACGUCUUACUGCAGAGAAUGAUGUAAGUGUGAUGAAAAUACAUACAUUCAAACACA